AUGUCAGACGACGAGUCCGCCGUUGAGAGUGAGGAAGAUCUCGAAGAUCUUUUUCGCAAACGCAGAUGUACAGACAUCCCUUGUUGCUUGCUCUUUGUGCUGGCCCUGAUUGCCUUGGUCGCCAUGCUGGUCUACGGGGCCAUGUAUGGCAAUGCAAGGAAGCUAAACUACGGGUUUGAUGGGAGGGGGCGCCAGUGUGGUGUGCAUCCCGACGUUAUCGAAAGGCCGCUGCUUUUCUUCUGUCCUGUGGUGACAUCCUCGGGAGAGCAUUCCGUGAACCUGGACGACCCGGUCUGCGUCUCCCAGUGCCCAAGUCCCGGAGCCUACGUGGCGGCGGCCAAUGCCGGCUGCGCCCUCCCGGAGGCCUACCCGACGACCCAGGUCGGCAGCCGGUACUGCCUUCCUUCCGGGUCUACCGAAGCAGUCGCGAGACGAAAGGUUGAAAAGGGCAUGAGGGACACUGCAACGGAGGCCUUCACUGUGCUCGAUCGCAUUGGCAAGGCAUGGCCGGUCCUGCUGCUGGCAGUGUUGCUUGCUUGCGCGAUGGGGUACAUCUUCCUUUUCAUGUUGAAGACCGUCGCCGGCUGCAUCAUUUGGUUUUGCGCGCUGGUGGGUCUCGCUGCUUUCCUCCUGCUCGGUGCCUUCCUUUGGGCACAAUCAGAGGAUGCCCUGGAGUGGGCGACGACGUACAAGGUGUUGGCCGUGAUUUCCUGGAUCGCAAGCGUCCUCGUGGCUCUGCUCAUCUGCUGUUGCCGCCAGGAAGUCAAAUUGUCCACCAAGUGCAUGGGGCAAGCCGCUGUCGUGAUUUGGCGAAUGCCUAUUCUUCUGCUCUCUCCGCUCCUGAAGGCCAUCAUCAAGACUGUCCUCUUCCUCCUGCUGGCAGUUGGUUUCAUCCACCUCCUGGCCACAGGUGAAGUUUCUGGUGUCGGCCGUGAGCGUCACGUGGAUUUUUCCGGUCCGCAAAAAGCCCUGUUAGUCCUGUAUGCCUUCAUCUCCUUGUGGGUGCUGGCGUACGUCAGCGCUCUGUAUCAGUUCUCCAUCGCCUUCGCAACGGCGAAGUACUUCUGCGCCAACAUCGAGAACGGUCGCAAG